AUGGGCAACGGGGCCGAGGCGGACCCUGUCGGCGAUUCUGGGCCGACACCGGAAGCGCCACGCUCCGCAAGAGCUCCGCUUUCCCGGCGAAUCAAAGAGUCGUGGAAACGGAGCUGCAGCCGCUCGAGAAGCGAUCUCAAACUGACUGCGGACGAUUUGUCAGUUAUGGAAGGAACUUACUGGUUGACACGUAUUGUUUUCUUCCGCGCUCUGGGACUCGUGUACUUUGUGGCCUUUCUGAUUGCCCACAUACAGGGACCAGGCCUUUUUGGACAGGAUGGUUUGCUCCCCCUCGAGAAAACUUCGCCGUGCACCGGCGGCGGGCGAGACACUCGCGGGUUCUGGACGCGUUUCGCUGCUUCGCCCUCUCUCUUCCAUUUCCUCAGCUGCAGCGACGCCUCGCUCCUGUUUGUCACAUCCAGCGGUCUCGUCCUUUCCGCAGUGCUGGCCCUUGCGGGCGGAGCCACUGUCCCCGUGUUCCUCUGGCUGUGGCUGUCGUACUUGACGAUACAGGAAGCUGGUCAGCGGUUCUACACCUUCACGUGGGACACUCUGCUGCUGGAGGUCGGUUUCUGGGCGAUGCCCCUUUCACUUGUCUGCUUUUUCUCCUCCGUAACGCCGCUGAAGAAGGCUCUUUCUCCCACGACCGCUUCAGAACCUAGCGCACGUUCGUCGCUGAGCGCUUCACCGAGCUUGCAGUCGCCUGCGGCCGGAGCCUUGGACUCCGUUCAUCUUGACUCCUGUCGGCUGAGGAAGGCCGAAAAUGAAGCCCGAACAGGCAGCGCGGAGCUGUCUUCGACAGACGCCACCGCCGACCAGACGCGUGCGGGGAGCGAUACUUCUCCCAGUGCGAAGCGUUCUGUCGCGCCGCGAGUGCAGCAAAUGCUGAGAUGGCCGUGCGUCUCCUUCCACUUUCUUCGCUGCUGUUUUCACUGCCUCGUCUCUCCCAGAGCGCCGUUCUUGCCGCCGGCGUGGCCCACGCCGUGGAUCUCUGUGUGGGGCUACCGGUGGCUGCUGUUUAGAUUGAUGCUCGGCGCAGGCCUCAUCAAGCUGCGCGCAGAUACAGCGUGGACAGACCUCACAGCGAUGCAGUGGCAUUACGAGACGCAGCCGCUCCCGAAUCCUGUCGCCUGGUUCGCGCAUGCGGCGCCGAUGAGUGUGCACAAGUUCGAGGUGCUAAUGAACCACUUUGUCGAACUGAUUCUCCCGUUCGCCGUCUUAGCUCCCUGGAGACAACUCCGACUGUUCACUGGCUGCUUCCAGCUUGUCUUCCAGGUGGCCAUUAUCAUCACCGGAAACCUAGCCUUUAUCAACUGGCUAACGAUUGUCUUCAUCGUCUUUCUUUUCGACGAUCGGUUCCUCAUGCGCUUUUUCCCCACUUCGACGCUGAAUCGGUUGCAGCCCCUCCUUCAAGGCUGCGCGGGCAGAUGGGCGAUCCCACGGAGUGACGCAGCGAUCAACGAACUCUCCACCGGCGACUCAAGGACCGACUGUCACCCUCGAAGCGAAACGGAGGCUCUCUCCGAAAGGAACCAGUCACAAGUCGGUGGCGGCGGCCCGCCGCCGGUGGGCAACGCACCAGAAAGCAUGGCUGCUUCUUCAGAAACUGGGGGUGCUCAGGUACAUCCGCCGCCAGCGGGGAAUCGCAAGGCUGCGGUGUCUCCGGCGCUCCCCUGGCGCCUCCUCAGAGGCCCAAAGUGGAAGGGACGGACUCUCCGUCGCAUGCUGGCGAUGUGGGGAUGCUGGCGAAUCCCAUUGUUCCUGUUAAUCUCGGCAAGUCUGGUCGCCAGCGAUGGAGUUCUCCUUCUGCUCCUUGGCAAAGCGUCGGCCCCGGCGUCCUUCACGUCGACACUCGCCUGGGAAUCUGCUGGCCUCGUUCUUCUCGCGUUGAUUUCCUUUCUGUCGCUAGGCGCACUCACCGGGGCCAGAGUCAUCCCUUGGUCGUUUCGUGGGGCCGGGAUGUCCUUGUCUCUUCGAUUCCCAAAAAAGGAGCGCCCUGUGUCAGACCUGGCGUCUGUGGAAAGUCGAGGGAGUUUACGUCUCGACGCGAGCCCGCAAGACGCUGACGGAGCCGGGGCGUUUCUGCGUAGGCCUCGGCAGGCUGAGGGCGGUGACCUGAGCAGGCGGGGAGGGGAGGACGGAGUCACAGAGAGGAAAAAACGAUUGGAGUCUCCGGUCGAUGCAGACGAAGGCGACGACGAGGCCAAACUGCUGUGGAAACGAACCCAAGAUGUAGGAGCCCUUAUCUUGGAGGUCGUAGUCGCCGGUGUGGUGCUUUCGAAUCUCCUGUUUAUGCACUUUCACCUGGGUCCAACAUUCGCGAGUCUCGAUGUUCUGACAGGGAUGCUCUGCGUUCUUUUGUUUUUCUUCGCGCGUCGACACUGUUCGAAUUCCUUCCUCGUUCUGCGCGUCAUGACGGAAGUGGGGAUGCUUGUCGUUCUGGCCUGGCAUUCGGUUCCCGUCGUGGAGAAUCUUCUCUCACCCAAUCAGAUCAUGAACGACACUUACCACCCAUUUUGCCUCGUUAACAGUUACGGCCUUUUCGGGCUCAUGACGAAGCAACGGGAGGAACUUAUCAUUCAGGGAACAUAUGAGCGAAAUCCCCCUUCGGCACCUUCUAGCCCAGUGUGGAAGACCUAUGAGUUCUACUGCAAGCCAGGAGACAUUGACCGGCGUCCGUGCGCCGUCUCGCCGUACUAUUACCGCCUAGACUGGUUGAUGUGGUUUGCCGCGUUCAACCCUGACGUGCGAGCUCCCUACUGGCUUUUUCGGCUAGUGGCGAAAUUACUUGUCAACGAUUCAAAGACUUCGGCGCUGCUUGCGUACAAUCCCUUCCGGGGCAAACGCCCUCCCAGAUUCAUUCGAAUUCUCCGUUACGAUUACCACUUUGCAUACAAGGGAAAGGAAAAAAGCCUUUACGAGCAGGGAAGGUGGUGGCAGAGAAAGUAUUUGUCUGAGUUUCUACCGCCCGUUAGCGCAGAGCUGUUCCACAGCAAUUGA